AUGAAACAUGUUACGAAACACUUUUAUGGCAGAUCCAUCACCAUACACAUGCUACUAUACUACACUGGAAUACUCUCAAUAUCAGAGGAAAGCAGCUCAAGCGUGCAGACAAUACUAAUCAAGACGAAUAGGAAGAUGAAGGUGCCCCUGAGCAAGGGUGGGGUAGUUGAGUUGGACAAGAAUAGGGCAAAUCAGGCAGCCUUCUCUGCCCAGGGAAUCAGGGAGUUGAAGAACAUUCUACGUGGCCUGACUAGCAAGAAGAGGAAGGAGAAGGUGGAGAAGGACGAGAGCAGCAGCAGCAUCGAUGAACAGGGGUUUCUGGGAAUGUUUGGUAGUCCAACUGGUAGUCAUCAAAAUGAUAGUCAUCAAAAUGGCAGUCAUCAAAAUGGGAAGGAAAACAAGCACCCUGUCAAACAGUCUCUGGUAACGAGGGCAGUGAAACAGAACCUGGGAAGCAGUGGCCACGGCCCUGGGGUGGUUGAUAGGCUGAAAAGGGGAAUCACGGAACCAAAGCCAAGACGCCGCCUCCUUGGACGCGUUGUCUACGUGAUGCUGCUUGUGGCAGUUGGGGCGAUCUGCUACCAAAUGGGAAAGCGGUCUGAGAGUGAAAACUACCUGAGGGUGCUCCAGCCUGAACAAUGA